AAUUGUUUGUUGUGUAGGUUACUGUUCAUCCCGACGUUUUACUGUGAAAUGGCCGGAAGUGACUUUUCUAACAUUGUUGUUGUAUUGUCGGGCAGGAAAAGGCGUCGUUAGUAAACAGCGUAAAAGCGAAAAGACGGUUUCGGUUAAUGAGUGACAUCACCGACAAAAGACGUCUCCUAAUCGGUGCCGCUAAAGAUCCACGGUGCAAUUCGGUUGUCCGUCGCUGGCUCAGCUUGUCACUUUGACAAAGCUGAGUUCUGGGCGUCAGCCUGUUUGCUAGCUAGCGGAGCCUCCUAGUAGUAGCAGCAGCAGCAACCGAAACAAGCGGCAGCAGCAGCAGCAACCGAAACAAGCGUUAAGCAUUUGCAGCGGACGACGAUGAUAGCGCUUAUCAACAAACUGCUGGACUGGUUCAAAGCGCUCUUCUGGAAGGAGGAGAUGGAGCUGACCCUCGUUGGCUUGCAGUAUUCCGGGAAGACGACCUUCGUUAAUGUGAUAGCGUCCGGCCAGUUCAGUGAAGACAUGAUUCCCACGGUCGGCUUCAACAUGAGGAAGAUCACCAAGGGCAAUGUCACCAUCAAGCUCUGGGAUAUUGGCGGGCAGCCGCGUUUCCGGAGCAUGUGGGAGCGUUACUGCCGAGGAGUUAGUGCCAUAGUAUACAUGGUGGAUGCGGCCGACCCGGAGAAGAUUGAAGCCUCCAAGAAUGAACUCCACAACCUGCUGGACAAACCCCAGCUGCAGGGAAUUCCUGUUCUGGUUCUGGGCAACAAGCGGGACCUGCCAGGAUCUCUGGAUGAGAAGGAGCUCAUCGAGAGGAUGAACCUGUCGGCCAUUCAAGACAGAGAAAUCUGCUGCUACUCCAUCUCCUGCAAGGAGAAGGACAACAUCGACAUCACUCUCCAGUGGCUGAUUCAGCAUUCCAGGACCAAGAGGAGUUCCUGAGAGUAGACAUCCCCAAACAUACCCACCCCACCCAACCAGCCUGGCCACAUCCACUUAACCAAACCCCUCCCCCCCAUCAUUCUUCCAUCUUCAUGGUUUUUUUUUCCAUGUUGCAUAAACUCUACGACCCUUGAAGCACCUGCCUCUUAGGGAAACCAGGCAGAAAGCAGCAAACGUUACAAAUGAACCCCGCUCCCUGCUGAUUGUCUAACGAAUCUCAAUUAAAGUUUUUCACAACAAAGCAAAGAAGAAGAGUUUUAAACUUGGUCAGGUCACCUCAUUACCGUGUCAGCCAUUUUGACUCAUCCUUCUGGAACCACACAAGCAAAAUGAAAGU